CCUUCCAACCCCAAACGUUCUAUGAUUAUGAGAUUGCCACGGGCAGGCAGAGGACAGCAAACCCAACGUGAAGCACCACGCAGGGGCCCGUGAAGAACAUGAACUCUGGCCCAGCCUUCACGGGGACAGCGGGCAGCUGCCAUGGCUUUUUUGGACGUUUUCUUGGUGAUUUGGCAAAUUCUUACGCUGAACGUGCAGUCGGUCGGCUAUGAGCCGGACGAGGAGACGUGCGAGCGCAUGGAGCAGCGUGCGGAGAUGCUGAACCGGGAGAUGACUUGGCUGUGGCAGGAGGUAGAGGAGAGGAGCCGUGAGCAGAGCAACCAGGAGCAGAGCAACCAGGAGCAGAGCGGCUUUGCCUGGGCAUCCCUGCUCCAUUCUGCCUUGCAGCACUGGCACUGCUGGGCCAUUGCUGGAGUCCUGGUCCUGCUCUUGGGGCUCUGCUGGUGGCUCAGGAAACGGAGCCGUGAGCCAGAGAGAGGUGCAAACGACCUGCGAAGGCUUUUGGCGCAGCACAUCCAGAGGCCACUUCAGAACUGGGACAGAGAGAGCGAGGCUGUUAAGUACCUGGUGGAAAGAUUCAUCUUGCUCUUCAAGUAUGUCUUCUUCGAUCCCUGGUACCAAGUGCUGGAAGAUGCCAUUGAGGUGGGCAGCGCCUUCGAAGGCUGGAGUCCCCGUCAAGAAGACAUCACCUACCGCCUGCUUGUGCUCCUGAAGCCCCCCCGUGGACACACUUUCCACCUGGAGCCGAGCCACCUGGGGCCGGUGAGGAACUUUUGCGUCCGUGUGGACUUGGUGUGUACCUGUGAGAUGGAGCGGCCGGCAGGAGAGACACGUUGCUUCCUCCACGACCACGAGGAGGAGCAGUGGAGGAACGAGGGCCCCAGCAUCCUACACGACCUCUGCACUGACUCCUACCUAGAUGUGCAGAAAAUUGCCCGCUGUUUCCAGGACAUGCUGAGACAUUCCUGGAGGAUUCUGCCGGAGUCAGCCACACACCGCCUAACAGUGCUGCCCUCCGACCGCUCCUGCAAAUUCCAGGUGACACAAGGCGGGGGGAAAAGGCUCUUCAUUGAGUUGAUGUUUGGGGUGAGGCAGGGCGACUCGGACAUCUUCGUGAGCAGCCAGAAUACAGAGGCCGCCUACACACCAAGCACCAUGUGGCCAGAGAGCUACGCUGUGGCAGAGAUGAAGUUCUUCAGGCAUAUUGCCAGGCACGCACAGCCUGACAGCAUCCACCUCAGAUGCCUGCAGCUCUGCGCCCGCAGCCUGCUGGACACAGACUUUUCCACCCGUACGUUAAAGACCGUCGUGAUGCACCUGCUGAGCACCAUACCCCCGACAGACUGGGGCAGGAGGGAUUUCUUGGAGCGGCUGGAGGACAUUCUGCAGUACCUGCAGAGCUGCCUGGAGGAGGGACGCCUGAACCACUUCUUCAUUGGCAACGAGAACGUGCCUGAAGAGAUCAUCUUGCCCCAGGCUUUGCGAACGGCUGAACCGCUCAACCUCUUCCGCCACCUGGAGCAGGAUUCUGAUGCCUGUGAGAACGCGUGGCUUGAGUUUCUCAUGCUGCAACGUCGGCUUCGUACACUGGUGCUCCAGGGACGCUGAAAGAGGUCUUCCUGCACAGAGCUGGACAGGCCAUCGCGAGGAGGCUUGUGACAGGGACUCCAUUACCACCUGCUCAGCGACCGCACCCCCGGCUUUGAGAGCGUCCAUUCCAUCCGGGAGCUCUGCCGUUUGCAAAAUCGCCAAUAAAA